CAAAAAAUGAUAAAUGGUUUGUUUAUGUAUUUUGAUUUUUUUGAACACGUAAUCAUAUUCCUUUAAAAAACUAAAUUAUUAAUUAAUAAUUCUAAUUAAAAAUAUUAACAAAAUAAACAUGGAUACUCUCUAUAAUCAAACCAAUAAGUUGAUACAACAAACUCAGCAAAGAUUCAAAUUAUUAGAAGGUAACAUUCCAAAUGCAUUAGAAAUUGAAGCACAAAUUAGUGAGGAUAUUAAGCAAAUUCAAAGCAAUUGCGAAAAAAUCGACCUAUAUGUCUACAAACAACCCCUAGAACACCGCCAACACGCAAAAAUGCGCAGCGACCAGCUCAAAUAUGACAACCGGCACCUGCAAGCAGCCCUAGAAGCAGCCCAGCAACGCAGACUUCGGCGAGAAACCGCUGUAACCGAACGAGAACAACUUUUGAAUCGCAGAUUCGCACCCAAUCCAGAUAUAACUGCAAUUAACAUGGACUAUUCAUUGCAACAGCAAAAUUCCUUGCACAACGUCCAUAGAGGGGUUGAUGAAAUGUUGUAUACUGGAGCUAACACUUUGGAAUCUUUAAGGACUCAAAGGUCAACACUUAAAGGGGCUCAUAAGAGGAUUAUGGAUAUGGCUAAUGUUUUGGGUAUUAGUAAUCAUACAAUGAGGCUUAUUGAAAAGAGAGCUUCUGAAGACAAAUUUGUUUUCAUUGGAGGAGUGGUUGUUACUUUUGUGGUUAUAGUUUUAGUUAUUUUUUAUUUGGCUUAAAAAUAUUGUCUUUUUUUUUUAAAUAUAUUUUAUAUUUAUUUUGAUAUGGGUAUUUGAUUUUAUUUAGGCCCGGUUUAUUCAUCUUGAGAUAAACUUGCUGGUAAUUAUUUGCAUAAUGCUAUAAGUCAAAUUGUAGGAUUGCAUACCUGACAGUUUAUCAGAAGGUGACUGAACCUUAGGCUAGGAUUACAUAAUUAUCAGGACAAUUUGAAAAAAAAAAAUACUUUAUUGAUUACCUAUUGACAAAUUAUGGAAUAGCCAAAGCAUCGUUUUGCAAUUCGUGACUCAACUGAGUUUGCAAAUUGGACAAUUUCUCCUUCAACAUGGCCACCCCCAUUAUGACGAUAUUUUCAGGUUUCAGUUGCCCGGCAGCUUCUACAUUGUAGAAGAACUUGUUGGGUUUCAGCUCCCAAUUAUAGGCAGCUUCAUUGAUCAUCAUCCAAUUCAGUGUAUUCACUUUUGGGCCAUUCGUCAGGCUUGGGAAAUAAGGUGUGCCUCAUAGCAUUGUCAGGGUCGUAUUCAAAGGCAACACCGCAAGUUGGGUUCCAUUUGGCGUGCUCCUUACCAAAGCCCUUUUUGGCGUAAGCCCUUACUUUUAAUUCCUGCCCUUUUCGCAACUUAAUUAUCAAAAUUUCAUCGGUUUCUCCGUAUUCAGCAGAAUCGUCAUCCCGAUGUUUGGAGGUCGCUGGAAUCACUCUGGGGUCGCUGGAUUUCAAAUCAGCGGUUGUUACAUGCCUGGUUUGAUCGUCAGUACAUUUUACGUCAAGGGUGAA